UCGAAGAACCAUUUUAGCUCUGAAUUUAACUACAGGUCGUGAUGGUUGUGGUGGUGAUGAGAUAAUUCAAAAUUUAACUUUAACAGGAAGUUGGACUCUUUUGAAUGUUUGGAAAAAUUAUGUUAUUGCUAUUCAAGGAUUUCCUAAUAAAUUUUAUCAAUUGAAUCUUGGUGUCAUAACUGGGCUUAAUAAUGAAAAGGGUCUAAAAAUUAAUUGGACAGUUAUUGAUCAACCGAAUGUAGUAGAAGAUGUUAUUCCCCAUGGUGGUCCACAUAGUGUAUCUGUUAUAGAAAUUAAGUUGUAUAUACAAACUUUGGUUUAUUUGGGAUAUUCUCUUAUUGAAGAUUAUGUUGAAUCAUUAAUUGGAAAAAUUGGUCAUUUAGAGAUAGAGGAGGUUCAGACCACUGUCAAAUAUUUUGUUGAAAAGAAUUAUGCUGAUCCUAAUGCAAUAGCAUUGAUAGGUGGCAGUCAUGGUGGAUUUAUUUCUGGACAUUUGGUUGGAAAAUUUCCUGAUUUUUACAAGGCAUGCAUUUUAAAUAAUCCAGUAUUGAAUAUUGGAG